UCGGCUCCCUAUCAGUGUCUAGUUUGGCACCACGGAUGCGCAUGGAGCCUCCAUCAGUCUCUUUUUACGCACAGCGUCCGAUAAUGCGCGCAGGUACAGGGACUCCAAAUCGCCCCAUUUUCUGAGCACAUUUUUCACCUCUUCCACAUGGACUAAUAUGGAUGCGGAGGUGUGAGACAGCCGAGCAAACGGAGGCGCGUUUUCUUGUGGAUUCCUUCUUGUGUUUUUUUCUCCCAUCAUCACCGAGGAGCAGUAUAUAUCAGCAUGGAUGUCUUGGCGAACCACAGCAUCUUUCAGGAACUUCAGCUCGUCCACGACACCGGCUACUUCUCCGCCAUGCCUUCCCUGGAGGAGAACUGGCAGCAGACCUGCCUAGAAUUGGAGCGCUAUCUGCAGACGGAGCCCAAGCGUCUGUCAGAGCUCUUCGACCAAGACCUGGACGGCCUCCUAACUCCGGCCUACCUUAAAGAGGACGGCGAGGAAGAGCUGACAGACGCCCUGCACCCAAACCUGCCCGUCCUCCCGGAGCCCACGAGCCCACCGCCCGUCAUCCUCUGCCCGACGCGGAAGAAUUUCCCCUCCACCGGCGCGAUGAAAAGAGACCUCAAACUCAAGGGGCUGGAAAACGUAGAAGGCGCGGAAGGCGUCCACCAGGCGCAGCUGAGCGCCGUCACCUCCCUGACGCCGCCGUCGUCGCCGGAGCUGGGCCGGCACCUCGUCAAAUCCAACCAGACACUGACGGCGUCGGCCGACGGGACGCUCACCCUGAAGCUGGUGGCCAGGAAGGUGGGGCUCAGCGCGGCGCGGCUGGUGGCGGCGCACGCGCUCCCCGUACGCAUGAAGGACGAAGAGGAGGGGGCGGCGUGCGUCAUCGGCGUCGGGGAGCUACCGGAGAACAAGAAGAGGAUCCACCGUUGUCAAUUCAACGGCUGCAGGAAGGUGUACACCAAGAGCUCCCACCUAAAGGCCCAUCAGAGGACACACACAGGUGAGAAGCCGUACAAGUGCUCGUGGGAGGGCUGCGAGUGGCGAUUCGCCCGGAGCGACGAGCUGACGAGGCACUACCGCAAACACACCGGCGCCAAGCCUUUUAAGUGCAACCACUGUGACAGGUGUUUCUCGCGGUCGGAUCACUUGGCGCUACACAUGAAGAGGCACAUCUGAGGAAUUCGAGAGAGGUCAGCGGGAGUGGAAGGGGAUGGAGGCGGAGUGGAAGGAGGAGAGGGAGCGGAGAGAUAACACCACGGAUGUUGGCGAGAAAACACCCGAUUCUGGACUGGAGGGAGAUUCAGCACACAGGGACGCUGACUACAGACAGAAACACAGACAGACACACGGAUCCUGUCAAUCUGCGCUCGACCAGUUGGUCCAUGAUUCCGCGGUGACGCGUCGUCACCUCAGAAAUGUCUCCCGGUGUUGUCGCGCGGACGAUACAGACGCUCCAUCCCACCCUUCGUAUGUGUCUGAACGGUGGACCACGUGCCUGUAGUUGGCAGCUCUUUGUUGUAGUCGUCCCUCGGUGCAACGCUUCCAGCCCACCAAACGCCACGCCGGACCAGUUGUACAGUAAUUCCCGCUAACAGCUACAACUGCUGUUUGUAUAUUUCUUCUUCUUAGAACGAAUUUUUCCAACAGUAGCUAAAUCAUCUCACAGGAUAAGCGAAGCUCCCCUCAAACCUGCCGCAGCCUUUACAAAUCGCCAAAGGGUUUUAUUAUCUCAUAUAUAAGGACGGAUAAUAAUUUGUCAAUUUCUCUACCUGACCUCUGUCACAUCUGCCAACUGGAUCCAUUUAUAAAAUCCUUCUGGUUCGAUGGCGUCGGAGCAUUUGUUUGAACGGAGAUUGGAUUCCUCAAAGACUCGAGGACCGGGGAGCGCGUUUGCUGAUACUGAUGUGCUGUGAAGACUGAUUGAGGUCAUCCGGAGGACUGGCUCGCUUUAUGAACACCAUCCAUUGAGGGGUUACCGCUGGAUGAGGCUAACUAAUCUACUCUGGGAAAAGGCCGUUCAUCUCCUAGAAUGUCAUCGGGAACGUCUCAAGAGUGCUUUUCCUCUCUGAGUUGUUGUCAAGAGCUGUUGCACAAUUGACUCUUUGCGAACCUUUUUUGUAAAAAAAAAAAAAAAAAAACGCCCCCUCCCCACCUUCCCACCAUCUUGAACUUUGGGACUCGCCAAACGCUGGCUUCCACAUGCCGUCGGAAGCGCGGACAGCCACAUGCACAAGUCGAAGCAGCUAGCCGACUGCGAUGGCACGCCCAAAAACAAGAUCGCCGUGUAUGAUAGAAAGGCUAUAUUGUUUCUAAGAAAAAGAUUUGUCCAAAACAGACAAAAAGUGUGAAGAACACAUUGGAAAAAUGGAUGCAGCCAAAAAGAAAGUAGAUGCCUGAAAUGAUCUCUUUGGCCUUUGAGAGUGAUUGGCACCUAACUAGGGUUGAGGAAGGGGUUUUUUUUCCCGUUCACACCAUUGCAGAACUCUUCCAAUUUAGCAUUUCAGAGAAAAAGCAGCUCUCCUAAUCGGGCCCCUAUGCAUAUCCAAGAACAUUCCUGCUGACUUCCUGACCAUACUUGUAUGUCUGAUCACUGGACACGGAAGGACUUUUGUAGGAAGACUCAAUCAAUUGGGUGGCUCUUCACAGAGCGAAUCAAUGUGAAUGUAUCUGUUGUACAUGACUUUGAGUGUGGUUGGUAAGAUCAUACCAGACCCCAUUUGUAGUUUCUCUUUCUCACAUUAGAAAAUGAAUGGUUGGACUCGGAAUAGCUAGCAAGUCACGGCUGGUGGCGUUUUGACAUUUUACCGGACCAGCGGGGAGGUCACGAGUGCAGCUUUCCAGUGGGUGGCUGAAAUGGGUUAGUGGAGGAGCAGUGUGCUCCGUCAGCAAAUGAUAACUGCCCCAUCAGCUCAUGAAACUGCAGCGGAGUGAAACCCACACACGAGACACAUACAUACACUACACUAGAAAAAUUUGUCCUUGGUGAUCUGACUCUUGUCCGACAGAACAAAAGACACACCGAACCUAGAUUUCUUUGUCUCGUCUUUAAUCCGCGAAUGAUAUUCGGACGAUCAUCGACCCAACUCGAGCGCACAUAAAACAAAACAGGCAGCUUGGACAAAGAUUGUCAGGAUUCUGAUUGGGAUUGUUUAUUCUUUAUUUUACUUUUUUAAUACUCACAGCGAGGCACGCAGCAGUCUGCUUUUUUGGCAAUAGAGAGGCAGCAAAUUGAUUUCACUCUGUAUACCAGAGGCGCAUUUCAAUUUGGGGUAUGAAUGCAGCCUGGCUCAAUCAUAUCUAGACAUGAUCGGUCUGCGGCUCUGGAAGUAGGAGCUCCCACUUCGCAUAAAAUAUUGAACUCUCUCUGUCUAAACGUGCAAACAAGCCAGGCUCCCCUUUUUAUGUUGAACAUGUAGGUGACAGGCCUCCACUUGCAGAGACAGGAGAGUGGAAACCAACUGGUAAAAGUCUGAACUGCUGGAGACCAACAAUUCUCACUGGCCAUCCAGAUUGCAGCUACAACACCAUCAGUGCUGCCAUUCUUUUAACCCAUUUGUGCCCAAAAAUGCCACAUUUGUUCUGAUUGGUCAAAAGUCUUUAAAUUUGGUAUUGGCGUACUUUUAGAAAGUAUCUAACAGAACAAUUUUGAAAUUUGAAUCACAUGAAAAAAACACACUUUUAUUAAUAAUCAAAGUCAGGAUUUUUUUUUUUUAAGAAUUUUAAACAUUUAAUAAACAUUUUGUAAUAAACAAAAUGUUUUCCAUAUGAAACAUUUGUGUACACUGCAUAUGUCUUCAUAUCUUUAACUUAUUAUCAGCCGAUUAGACUGUUGUCAGGCUAUUAAAUAAGUGUUAUCAGUCGCUAUAAGCCCCAUAGACGUGGGUCAAUAGGGGCAUACUACACCCACUAGUUGGUUUUAUCAUCCAUUCGCAUGGUAGAUCAC